GCACCGCUCACAACUUUUGGAGACUAUUCUGAUGUUUGAAUUUAUUCGCAACUACGCCGCAUCCUAGUUUGCCAUGUACCUGCAUCCUCAUAUCCGGUGAAGAAGUUUUCAUCGAGCAGAAUGACAUCCACUGUGCUAACAAGGGGGCUUGGCCUGACCGACGAAAGUAAGAUCGGGGAAAUCGGCACAUCAAUAUUUCCGAGUCAAGUGAACGGCGCAGUAAUUACACACGAAUGAGCCGGACGACAGUCCUGUCUAGUGAUAGGACAAUUGCUCCCUCGCUAUUAUGGACGUGUUCAUUCCGCCUCAAACGAUAGAUUUCCAUUCACUCUCCUCGUAUCAGCCCAAAGAAUGAGUUUAGCAGGAGACUGGAAUGGUUAAUGAGAGACGCAGUCAGGCAAGCCCCUCAUGGAUGGUAGCACCCACUUCAUCUGAAAAUUCGAAUCCAUAUUGGGGUCAACUUUCUAUAAGAAUUAUUAAGUAGCUACCACCUUUUAGUUAUAGUUACAUAUUCAAUUGAGAGCUGCUCAACACUGCUCGAGUCUGAUAUUCUAUCUUACCAAAUAUUUUCAUACCUUGAGCUGUCUAAAGAACCACCAUUACAACUACAGCACCCAUUGUGUACGAGAUCUAUAUUGAAAAGCAAGAAAAAUGACUCAAAAUGACUUCGAGCCUAUUGCUAUCGUCGGUAUCAGUUGUCGAUUUCCGGCUGGCGCUAACAGCCCUGAAGAGCUUUGGUCUCUUAUUUCUCAAGGAAAGAGUGCUUGGUCAGAUGUCCCCGAGGAUCGUUUCAACUGGAAGUCCUUCCUACACCCAUCUUCCGACGUUGUGGGUACGAUUAACUCCCGCGGUGGUCAUUUCAUCGACCAAGAUAUUCGCACUUUUGAUGCCGGCUUUUUUGGAAUACCGCCAGCAGAAGCCAAUGCAAUGGAUCCCCAGCAUCGCCUUCAACUCGAAACGGCGUACGAAGCGCUAGAGAAUGCUGGGAUCUCACUCGAAAAAGUUCGAGGCUCCUCGACAUCAGUAUAUGUUGCCAUAUUUAACAGGGACUAUGAUCGAAUGAUGUUCAAAGAUACCAAUGACAUCGCGAAAUAUCAUCUACUUGGUUCCGGCGAAGCUAUUGCAUCAAACCGUAUCUCGUACACAUUUGAUCUCAAGGGUCCAUCAAUGACAGUGGAUACGGGUUGUUCUGGAAGUCUGGUAGCUUUACAUCAAGCAUGCCAGGGACUCCGUUCUGGAGAUACAGAUAUGGCUUUGGUGGGAGGAACAAGUUUGAUCUUGAGUCCAGAUACCAUGGUUCCCAUGAGCCGUAUGAAUGUUCUUGAUCCUAGCGGUAAAUCUUUCGUCUUCGAUGAUAGAGGAGUUGGCUAUGGACGUGGAGAAGGAGUCGCUACCAUCGUUCUGAAAAGAUUGAAAGAUGCUUUGAAUGCUGGAGACCAUGUUCGAGCUGUCAUCCGGAAUACAGGCAUAAACCAGGAUGGAAAAACAUCAGGCAUAGCUCUACCCAGUCAAGUUGCGCAACAGGCUUUAGCAAAUCAUGUUUUCAAGCAAGUGGGGCUCGAUCCAUGUAAGAUCAAUUACGUAGAAGCACACGGUACCGGAACAAUAGCCGGGGAUUUAGCAGAAACGAAGUCUAUUGCGAACGUAUUUUGCACGGAAAGAAAGAAAACUCUUUAUAUUGGGUCUAUCAAGUCUAACAUUGGCCAUCUUGAGAGUGCUAGUGGUGCUGCUGGACUCUUGAAAGCUAUCCUAGUACUCGAAAAAGGCCUCAUCCCUCCUAAUGUCAACCUGAGCAAUCAUAAGAAAGGUCUCGAUCUGGAACAGUCAAACAUUGUCGUUCCUUCAAAAAUUGAGAAGCUUUCUGUUGAUGAGGACGGAAAAUCUCGCAUAGCAAUAAACAGCUUUGGUUACGGGGGUACUAAUGCCCAUGCGAUACUUGAGACUGCCCCUCUGGUGAGCACUUCGAGUGACUUUGUAGGUCGCUUUUCACUUACCAACUCACUGUUACCACUCGAAGCUUUAUCAGAACAAAUAAGCAAGCUUGGUAGUCAAGGCUCUAUGGCAUCAGCUAAACUAUUUUCUCUAUCUGCGAAAUCCAAAGCUUCUUUGAUUGAGAAUAUCAAAAAGCUUCGAAUUUGGGCUUCGGAAUUCAAGGCUACAGCUUCGAACAACCAAUUGGAAAAUCUUUCCUACACAUUGAACCAACGACGAUCUGUCUUUCAAUGGCGUUCCAGUAUUGUAGCUUCAACGUUUGAAGAGCUUAUCCAAAACUCAGACAAAGCAAUUUCUGAAGUAACUAAAGCUUCGGCCAAUGUCAGUGUUGCCUUUGUGUUCACAGGACAAGGAGCUCAAUGGGCGUCAAUGGGACUAGAACUAUUUCUCAGCAAUCCUACGUUCAGAAAAAGCAUGCAAACUUCAGAUCAGAUUUUGCGAGAUCUUGGAUGUUCCUGGAGCUUGAUUAAAGAGCUGUUUGGAACUGAUCAGGCGCUUUCUUGUGUAGAUCAGAGCAUUAUUGCUCACCCUGCAACUACAGCAUUGCAAAUCGCACUUGUAGACCUGUUUCGUUCUCUUCGUCUUACCCCAUCAGCAGUAUUAGGGCAUUCCAGUGGUGAGAUUGGAGCGGCAUAUGCAGCAGGAGCUUUGAGUCACGCCGUAGCCAUCGCGAUAUCAUACUAUCGUAGUCUUCUUUCUGGGAUUGGAAAAAAGACUGCUGCCACCAAGGGCGCUAUGCUUGCUGUCGGUCUCGGUGAGGCCGAAGUAACUCCAUUUAUACAAAGCUUGCGAAACGGAAAAGUGGUAAUUGCAUGCAGCAAUAGUUCCAUGAGUACCACAAUAUCUGGAGAUGAAACUGCAAUCAUGGAGUUGCAACAUGCACUUGAGAGUCGCUUUAUUUUCACGAGAAAGCUCAAAGUUGACACUGCUUACCAUUCACACCAUAUGGAGCUUGUGGCAGGUCAAUAUUUCAACAUGCUGACAGGACUUACCCACAAAGAUCCGGACCCAAAAGUUUUGUUCGUAUCAUCUGUCACUGCUGGAAAAAAGACCACGGGAUUUGGGCCUGCUUACUGGGUCGAAAAUUUAGUUUCAAAGGUUCGGUUUUCUGAUGCACUGGAAUAUUUGUGCCAAUCGCAGGCUUUAGUGACCGGUACAUCCUCAAAAUAUAUAAUUUUGGAGAUUGGACCACAUUCUACUCUUUCCGCACCCAUCCGUCAAGUAACAGCACAGCUUAGCCACCAAAGCACUAUUCAAUAUCUUCCCAGCUUGAUACGUCACCAAGAUUCAACACGUUGUAUUCUAGAUUCAGUCAGAAGACUCUACGACUGUAGCUAUACUAUCAACCUAACUCCACUCAAUGAUUUUUCUAAAAGCGGUAUUCAGCCUGAAGUGGUGGCUGACCUUCCCAGCUACUCAUGGGACCAUGGUACACCGUACUGGCAUGAGUCGCGUCUAAGCCUAGAGCAUCGCUUGCGUAAAAGCCCAUAUCACGAUCUUCUAGGAGUUUGUAUUGUAGGUGGUACGCCGUAUACUCCUCAUUGGAGACACUUAGUUAGCAUUGAAAAAUUACCAUGGUUGGCUGAUCAUGUUAUUGAUGGCUCAAUCAUAUUUCCAGGAGCUGGUUAUUUAUGUAUGGCAAUUGAGGCAAUUAGAGGGCUUUUGAGGGAGCAAGGACGCCAUCAUGACACAAUUCUUCGAUAUGUUCUCCGAAACAUCUCUUUCUCAAAAUCUCUGACGAUUCCUUCCUCGUCAAAUCACGUGGAGAUCCAACUUGGUUUUGAUUUAGGCAAGAACCAGAAUGACAGGACGUUAGUGGAUUGGAUUGGCUUUGAUGUCAGUUCCUUUCAGAACAAUAGCUGGAAACAACAUUGUUCUGGCAAUAUCAAAGUGGAGUUUCAUAUGCCAGCAGAUGAAGUCGAAGAGCUCAGGGAGGCCACUUUUGUAGCUGCCUCCGAAACAGAGAUGCUACAAGAGUGUUCUGAUGGUGGCGCUGAGCCUUACGAAGCUUCUGAGUUUUAUGCCAAGAUCAAGGCACUGGGUAACGAUUAUGGGCCAAAAUUCGCCACUAUACGGAAACUGAUGGUUGGAGACUUCCAUUCUACUGCUACGAUAUCAACUCCAACGAUAAGCGAAUGCAUGCCUUCAAACUUCAUGCAACCACAUGUUAUUCACCCAGCUACAAUGGACGCUAUAUUUCAGGCUGCACUGCCCCUUUACCUUACUCAUUGUAUUAACGGACCAGUGAUGCCAGUCUAUAUUGAUCAGCUCACUGUCAACUCCAAUGUGUCGGCAGCUCCCGGUCAAGAAUUUUGUGUGGCAACUAAACUCAAUCCAACCGGCCCAAGGUCAGCAAUGAUAACCAGUUUGGCAUUUCAAAGAGACUUAGAUAAUGAGCUGAAUUGCGUCUUGAAAUUGUCAAAUGGCGAGCUGAAAGGACUUGGGGACGCUCAUCCUAAUGGGAAUUUUGAAAAGGCAUUGCCACGAAGCUUUACACAUACGAUACAAUGGAAUGUUGAUGUUAAUUUUAUGACAACUAGAAUAUUUAGACAGUACCUCUCACCUGCUAUGAACGAGGCAGAGAUAGCAAAACGCCAAGCAGCAAUCGAUAAAGUAGCCGCCCUUUAUAUUCACGAUUUUCUUCACGAUGCCAAAGAUACAAAUGUCCAAUUACCGAAACACUUCUCGCUGCUACUGCAAUGGAUGCAAAAGUAUUCGAAGACAAAACAGUACUAUAAGCUUAUCUCGAAUAACUCUGUAAAGAAUGUGGAUAUGAUAUUAUCUGAAGCACGAACUGGGAUUGAGGGGGAUUUUCUACGACAUUUAGGGGAGAGACUGGUAUCAAUUAUGUCUGGAUCAUCCGAUGCGCUCUCUUUAAUGCUAGAGGAGGAUCGUCUUGGGCGAUAUUACGCAAACGAGUGGCUCUCAAAAGCAUCAUCUCAUUUGGUUAAAUAUCUCGACUUAUUGUCCUUCAAGCGACCAAACUUAGUCGUAUUGGAGAUAGGUGCUGGCACUGGGGGCACUACCUUUCCUGUCUUGCAACAGCUAGGAAACGGGAAUAACUCAAUUUUCAAGAGAUAUGACUAUACGGAUAUUUCUUCUGGUUUCUUCGAAGGAGCUCGAUCAAAAUUCCAAAACUGGUCGAAUUUGCUCGAAUACAAGACUCUCAACAUAGAAAUCGAUCCCCUGGAACAAGGUUUCGAAGAGGCUUCGUAUGAUGUGGUGAUUGCCUCAAAUGUAUUACAUGCCACAAAGAAUGUCACUCAAACUCUGGAAAAUGUGCGAAGGCUUCUAAAGCCAGGAGGAAAAUUGGCAUUCGUUGAAAUUACACGAUUCUCGCCAAUGCAUAACAUGACUUUUGGCCUUCUACCUGGAUGGUGGGCAGGAAUUGAUGAUGGACGACAAGAUACGCCGAUCCUGUCGGUAACACAAUGGAAUGAUGCAUUACUUCGAUCUUCAUUUAACGGCGUCGAGGUGUCGGCGAGUGACUUCGAUGGCCCUGCUAGUUUAUGUGACCUCUUAGUAUCAACAUAUACCCCAACAUCAGUUGAACCAGAACUCGAGAUCGAGAUUCUUGUAGGGGAAACACUAGCAAAAGUGAAUAACCCCAGCCAUGACAUCCAAUCAUUUGCCUGGGAUAUAUAUCUCCGCCUCCGAGAGCAAGGAUUCAAAACAUCAUUUUCCUCAUGGUCCAAAAAGAGGGUUGAUAGUUCGUGUCUAUAUUUGAUAUUGGAUUGUAGUAACAAUCCAGUCUUGGCACAUCCGACUCAAGAGAUGUUUCAAAACAUCACCCAGCUUGCAGCUCGAGGGACCCGUAUUGUUUGGAUUACCGUUCCUAAAGAUACAGGCAAGUUCUCAGCCAAUGCUGAGACCUCUUUGAUCAAUGGAUUUGCCCGCGUUGCAAGAACAGAGAACGAAGGACUGAAAUUCACAACACUCGAUAUCCAGCAGGCUUACUCAUCCCAAAAAAAAGAGAUUUUAACGAUUAUUUCUGACAUCAUAAAAAGCCUGGAAGUUACUGACAGAAGUACCUCUCAGGAAUCCGAGUAUACAUUUCGUGAUGAUCGUGUCUUUAUACCACGUCUAAUUCCCAACGCUUAUUUGAAUAGCAUAGUUACAUCAACCUUGGACAUCACCCGACCCGAGCCUGUUAGAUUUCAACAGUCACAACGCGCUUUGAAACUUCAUGUUGAAGUACCUGGACUUCUUGAUUCUAUGAUCUUCCAAGAUGACAAGUCAAAAGAAACUCCACUCGAAGAUGAUAAAGUAGAAAUUGAGGUGAAAGCAUGCGGUGUCAAUUUCAAAGACGUAUUUAUCGCGCUUGGCCAGAUGAGAUCAACUGAUCAGAUGGUGGGCGAGUGCUCGGGUAUUAUUUCGUCAGUCGGUGCAAAUUUGAAUCACAGAUUUCGAGUUGGAGAUAGAGUAUGGUCACUUGUUGCUACACCAUAUGCCAAUUUUGCAAGAUCUCUUGGAUGCACUGUCUAUAAGAUCCCAGACUCUAUGUCAUUCCUGACUGCAGCGUCCAUUCCCGUAGUCUUUACUACUGCUUAUUAUAGCCUUGUCAAUGUUGCAAAAUUGAAAAAGGGACAGACUGUCUUAAUUCAUGCUGCAUCUGGUGGAGUUGGUCAAGCAGCACUUAUGAUAGCAAAGAGCAUUGGGGCUGAAAUAUUUGCCACUGUCGGAAGUCUCUCUAAGGCAGAAAUGCUUAUGGAAAGAUACAAUAUUGCCAAGAGUCAUAUAUUCUCUAGUCGGUCACUGAACUUUAGUUCGGGUAUCCGCCGACUCACGAACGGUGGGGGAGUAGACGUUGUGCUGAAUUCUCUCGCUGGGGAGGCAAUGCAAGAAUCGUGGCACUGUGUCGCCCCAAUGGGUACAUUUGUUGAGAUUGGUAAAAAUGACAUAUACCGCCGAGGGAAUUUAAGUUUAGAACCUUUCGAGAGAAACAUUACCUUCGCAUCUGUCGAUAUGACCCUUGUGGUUAAACACCAAUCAGAGAAGCUUCAACCUAUAUUUGAGAACGUAAUGAAAAUGUUCAACGACGAAGAGCUUCGCCCUGUCUAUCCUCUUAUGGAUAUGCCAAUCAGCCAUGUUGAACAGGCAUUUAGACUUAUACAAGCUCGGAAGCAUAUGGGUAAGAUAGUCUUAGAUGCUGAUAAUUCUAGUCCUGUGACUGUGUCUUCUCCCAUUAGCACACCUGUGCGCCUUGAUAGCCAUGGCACUUACUUGGUAGUGGGUGGUUUGGGAGGUCUUGGAAGGGUCAUCAUCAGGUUUCUUGUCUCUCACGGAGCGAAACAUGUCCUCAUAUUAUCUAGAAGAGCCCAUGAAGAGAAAUCAAAGCCUCUCAUGACGGAGAUUGAGUCACAUGGUGCACAUUGCAAGAUUAUAACCUGCGAUGUCUCUAACAAUGAAGACUGCAUACAGGCGAUUGCUAAUGCCCAGCGAACUAUGCCUACUAUUCAUGGAGUUAUCCAGGCUGCAAUGGUUCUUCAAGAUCGAACACUCGAAAAGAUGACAGCUGAAGAUUAUAAGGUGACCAUAGAUCCUAAGGUUUUGGGCACCCAGAAUCUUCUGUCUUCUUUGGACGUCGACCAAUUGAAAUUCUUUAUUAUUCUUUCAUCGUGCUCUACAAUUGCUGGAAAUGCAUCGCAGGCAAAUUAUUCAGCGGCAUGCAGCUUCCAAGACGCAGUCGCUCAAUUACAUAGCCAGGCAUACUCCGAUCCAAGAAUUACGUCAUUGAAUCUUGGUAUGAUUGAAGGAUCAGAAUCUCUAGAAGAUGUCUCCGAUAAUGCCAUUGAAUUGUUGCGACAGAGUUGUGUGCCUAUCAAGAUGGAGGAAUUUCUCUCGCUUCUGGAAUUUUCAAUGCGGCCGGAAGCCCGUGAACAUCACUUUGUCCAGAUUGCGAUAGGUUUGGACAGGGAAUCGAUAAGCAACAGGAAAGACAUCAAGCUGCAAUUCGUUUUCAAUCAUCUUCCAGGUCGUAUGAUUGAUCUCGAUUCUGCACCUGUAAGAAUAACAAAGACUAUCGGGGAGGAGCUAUCCGCCGCCCGUAGCAUUAAUCAGAUCAAAUCCAUCGUUACCACAGCAAUUGCUACAAAGCUAUCUGCACUUACUGCGUCCGAUGCCAGCGAAUUGGAUAUUGAUGCUCCUAUCGAGAAUCUGGGUCUAGAUUCUUUAAUCGCCAUUGAGCUGAAAAACUGGAUCAACCGUUCGCUUCGGGCAACGCUACAAACCUCAGACAUUCUUGAUGCACCAAACAUCAGGUUCAUGAGCUCAACCGCGUGUGAGAAAUCCGAGUUAGUCACGAAACAUCCUCACUCAAGAAUCACGGAGGAUGAGACCAGUAACGGGAAUGUCAGUGAUCCCAAGAUCAAGAUCCAAGGCGGGGCCAGUAGUCUUCCCCGACUGCCAUUACCAGAAUUAGCAAGUACUCUCCAAUUCUACGAAACAUCUGUCCAAGCUUUGUGCUCUGAAGAAGAGAUUCAGCAACUACGCACCGCAAUCAAAGAAUUCCAGAAGACAGGGUCCAUUGGCGUGAAAUUACAAGAUCGUCUGCGUGAACGACAGAGUAAUCCUAAUCUUGAGUGCUGGUUAGCUGAUCUGUACUGUCCACAUGUUUAUUUACGGAACAGAUUCUCUAUAUCGCCAUACGGAAAUUUUAUGACGGUGCAUGCCGAAUCAAUCAUUCAGCAUGGACAAGCAGAACGAGCUGCAAUUGUCACUUUGGCGGCGAUACAAUUCAAGAAAGAUCUCGAAGCUCAGAAAGUCUUACCAGUGCUGCUAAAUGACCAGCCGAUCUGUAUGAACGCACUUGAAUGGCUGUUCAAUGCAAUUCGAGCACCAUGUUUAACGGUCGAUCAAAUGCAGAAAUUUCCCAGUCAAGAUUAUGUUGCUGUCUUGAGAAGAGGCUGCAUCUACAAAAUUACUCUCCACGAUGCUAGCGGCCACAAGAUAGAAAUCGAUGAACUGAGAGAUAUAUUUGAACUGAUUAUUGAAUUUGGUAAAGUAGAAUCGACUCGUAAAUCAAUAGCUGGCUUGACAGCCGACCGCAGGGAUAGUUGGUCUCAGAUAUAUCAAACUGUUCGAAAUCAGUGUUUGGAGAACUCCGAUACUGUUGAUAUGAUAGAAAAAUCCGCUUUUGUAGUUUGUCUCGAUGAUGGCAGUCCAAAUACCACAACAGAACGAAGCAACCAGUUUCUGCUAGGUGACAUCUGCAACAGAUGGAGCGAUAAAACAUUACAGCUAGUUGUCUGUACAAAUGGAGAAUCAGGGCACAUUUUUGAACAUUCAAUGAUCGAUGCUCUAGCUGUCUCCAGGUUUGAUGAAUCAAUCCGAAAAGCCAUUCUUUCUUACGGUGAGAGUUCGUCAGACCUAAGCAAGGGGCAAAACGGCAUCAAUGGCAGUAGCCACAUUAAUGGCGCAAGCUUUAUCAAUAGCAAGGGCAGCGAAAAUGGUACAAACGGAAUUAAGCACACAGACGGUGGAGAAUGGCUCAAAGAGUACCAAUAUACUACAACUACCGAAAUAGAAUUGCAUAUUGCAAGUCUCGAAGAGAGAUACUCGAAAUCUUACUCACCAAGUGAAACCUACAGUUUCACCGGAAAUCAGUUUGGCAGCCUAUACUUACGCAGCCAUAAUGUGUCCCCAAAAUCUGCCUACCAAGUUAUCAUACAACUUGCAUCUUUGAUGUAUUUCGGUUACCAUCCUCCCUCUUUUCAGACUAUCUCCAUGGCCUUAUUCAACAAAGGUCGUGUUGAGCUUAUGCAAGCUGUGCUGCCUGAAACCUUAGCCUUCACCAACUCAGCAUUCAAUGAAGACGUGUCCAUGCAAGAACGUCGCGAGCUUUUCAUAAAGGCAGCAAAGACUCAUGCGGCUACCACGACCAGAAUCUCCCGUGGCCGUGGCUUUGCAACACAUCUUUAUGCUCUUCGUGAGGUAUUGGAAGAUGGGGAAGAGUCUCCGGCACUGUUCAAUCUUCCUUUGUACUCGAGAAUUCGCCCCGGGAAACUCAUGACGGAUAAUGCAAAUCGAAGAGAAGUGAUUCGCGAAAUGGCGUUCACAAUGCCCGAUCCCGAAAAUGUCCUUUUGCAUUAUGAACUAGAUGACCACAAAUGCGACUUCGUUAUCAAGGCUCCUCCUAAACAAUCAAAGAUUUUUUUCGAAGCCAUCGAAAAGGCAUGCGUUCUUGUUCGAAAAUUGCUUGGAAAUUCGUAAAGGAUGUAUUCUCAAAUGACUAGCUUAUCACAUGUCAAUAAUUCUAUUCCAGGUAAUAACAAAAGAGAACAUGCAUUCAAUUUUCAUGCAAGUUUUUUGACA